AUGGCCUCCCAAUCCACAGUUCCAACCUCACCAUCCUCGACCGGGGCGAUCGCCUCCCCUCCUAUCAACCCCCUCCAGCUCGCCAGAGUAACGAAGAAAGUAAUGGACCGCCUCGCGCCCUUUUGCGGUAUCCAGCCCCUCGCCGACCACGGCCACUGCUCCACCGUCGACCUCCACUGCAGCAGGUCCACCAGCAGAUUCGGCGGGUCCGAAUCCUCCGCCUCUCCCUUCGGUUCGCCAUUCUCAUCGCCGUCGAUUACGCCCAGCCCUAGCAUCUCGGGGCUGAAUAUUCAGAAUCGCACUCGGAGCGGCUCUGGCUCCGGAUCGCUAUCACUCAAGCAGAGUGGAAGUCAUACCCCGUCUUUAACUCAAGCUCCUCACACCACAUCCGGAUCGCCUCAUACCCCACCUCCGGGUAUUGGAACCAAGACGCCAUCGACACCCUCGAUACGCGCCGUCGUCUCCAAGCUCCGUUCACGCGUCGCGAAGCUUAUCGAUGCUCUGGAUGUGCACAUGAAAUCGUGCUGUGCGGCGUACGAGAUGUGUAACGAGGCGCUGGACGGGCUUAAAGCCUCAGAGCCAUCGGCUAGCAACGAUUUGGCCAACGAAGCGUCGGACAGGGUGAACUUGAACGAAGAGGGGCUGGACGGUGUGAACGAAGCGCCCAAGUCGACGUCGAACGAGCAGGAGAAGCAGGUCCUCCUCCUAAAAUACGCAUCCAUAAGCCUGAAGCUUGCCCAACAAACCGAGAAGGUGUUUAGGGAUGUCCGUCAGAGCGUGUAUAAGAUUGCCGCCCAAACGAAAGAAACAUCCACCACUUCGAAUCCAGUCUACGUCCUCGUCCCACCCGGACCCGGCCAACCCCCCACCCUCCGAAAACCACUCAAGGAGAUCAGUCUGGACCUCGUCGCCAACCUUGGUCUCUUCCAAGAGUUUACGAGGAUGGUGGAGGAGAGUGUGGGGUGGUGGGGAUGGGUAUUGGGGGACCUUCAGUCGGAAGUUACCGUGGAGGGAGAGAAGAAUAGACAGGACAACGAGGAGGAGGGUCGGGAAAGCGAGGAUGCCCAGGGAGAGAAGAACAACGAAAGGAGAAACGUGGAAUCGCUCCUUUACCCUUCCAGAUCGAACCUCCUCGUCACAGAGCACGCAAGAGAGUGGUGGACCAAACAGCGAGAAGAGUGGCAGACUUAUCGCGACAUCAUAAGCACGCUUCAAGACCAAUACCCCUCCCUCCUCCCACACUCGACAAGAGCCAUGAACGGGGAGAUCUUCGACACCCCCGCGAAUGAACGAUCGCACGACGACGAAGAUGAAGAGAUCGAAACGCCCGAAGGGUACAUCCGCGUCUCGCGGAGGAACCCUGUGCAUCCGGGUGCCCAAACCUCGUCUCCGUCGGGUGCUCGAACGCUCUUCCGAAGAUUAUCUUCUCCCAAACGGUUUAGGAGUAUGUCCCAGUCGCCCAGCAAGGGAGAAAGACCAGCGCGAAGGGGUUCAUCGAUGAGUUUGAAGAACCUUGUCGUCGGCGACGGGGAAAAGGAUUCUCGAGAUCCAGACCUCAAGUUGAAAGGGUUUCUGAUGUGUGGAUCGGGCAGUGGGAGAGGGAUUGGGAUUGGGAAGACGGCAACGAUUCAGAGAGACGAUGGAGCAAAGCGAUCAAAGAGCUGGGUCAGACGAGGGCAGCAAUCGACGACAGAAGGGAGCGACGGAGGUGAUGUUCAGGAUGGAAAACCACAGGUGAAACGAUCUAGGUCGUUGUGGAGGAGGAGAGGUGGCACCCAAAGCGAAGAUGUACACGUAUCAGCUUGA